UAAAAGUCUCACCAUGUCUGGCAGAGCCCCAUUCACCUUCACUAUGAGGGGAAUCAUAUUUGCACUAGCGCUCACCCUUGUAGGUAGCCAGAAGUUUGACAUUGACCCUGGAUUCAGUAGCAGAAAGAGCCACUUGUACAGCUAUGAAGGCUGGGUGUUGAAUGGGCUUCAAGAAAAAAGUUUAGCCAAAGCCGGCGUGCGCUUGAGCAGCAAACUAGAGAUCAGUGGGCUGUCAGAGAACACUUACCUCCUCAAGAUCCGCUCUCCACAAUUUGAGGAAUACAAUGGCAUCUGGCCCAGGGACUCAUUUACUCGAUCUUCCAAAAUCACCCAAAUGGUUUCUUCGUGUUUUACCCGGCCCUUCAAGUUUGAAUACAGUAGUGGACGGAUUGGAAACAUUUAUGGCCCAGAAGACUGCCCCGAUAUGUGUGUUAACAUAGUGAGAGGAAUACUGAACAUGAUGCAGAUAACCAUUAAAAAGUCACAGAAUGUGUAUGAAUUGCAAGAGGCUGGAAUUGGAGGUGUUUGCCAUACGAGGUAUGUCAUCCAGGAAGACAGGAAGAACAGCCGAGUCUCUGUUACCAAAACCGUAGACCAAAAUAAUUGCCAGGAAAAAGUGGUGAAGAGUGUUGGAAUGGCUUACAUCUAUCCUUGUCCUGUUGACAUGAUGAAAGGAAGGCUCAUAAAAGGGACUGCGGCUUUCUCCUACAAACUGAAGCAGUCAGACAGCGGUACUCUCAUCACCGAAGUGCUGUCACAGCAGGUAUAUCAGAUCUCACCACUCAGUGAACCUACCGGUGUUGCUGUCAUGGAAGCAAGACAACAACUCAGCUUGCUUGAAGUGAGAAGCGAACGGGGGAGCGCCCCGGACAUUUCCAUGCAGAGCUACGGGGGCCUUCGUUACCACUUCCCAUCAGUACUGCCACAGAUGCCACUGCAGCUAAUCAAGAUGAAAAACCCCGAGCAACGGAUAGUAGAAACACUGCAACACAUAGUCCUGAAUAACCAACAAGAUUUCCACGAUGAUGUUCCGUACAGAUUCUUGGAGCUUGUCCAGCUCUGCCGGAUAGCAAGCGCUGAUAGUCUUGAGUCCAUCUGGAGACAAUUUUCAGAUAAACCCCGCUACAGGCGAUGGCUGCUGAGUGCAGUUUCUGCGACAGGCACCACAGAAGCACUCAAAUUCAUUAAGACCAGAAUUCGCAAUGAUGACCUUAGCUACAUUCAGACUCUUCUAAGCAUUUCUUUUGCUCUCCAUUUAUUGAAAGCUGAUGAACACGCUGUUUCAACAGCAGCAGAUUUAGUGACCAGUUCUCGAAUCCAGAAAAGUCUCGUGCUUCAGCAAGUUGCCUACUUGGGAUACAGCUCUGUGAUCAAUAGAUACUGUUCUCGGACCUCCGUUUGUCCUAAAGAAGCUCUUCAGCCCAUCCAUGACCUGGCAGAUGAAGCGAUCAGCAGGGGCCGUGAAGACAAAAUGAAAUUAGCUCUGAAGUGCAUUGGCAACAUGGGAGAACCAGCCAGCAUCAAGCGCAUCGUGAAGUUCCUUCCCAUAUCUUCAUCCAGUGCUUCUGAUAUCCCCACCCACAUUCAGAUUGAUGCCAUAAUGGCCUUGAGAAAAAUAGCUUGGAAGGACCCCAAAACAGUGCAGGGAUAUCUCAUCCAGAUCCUUGCAGACCAGUCGCUUCCCCCCGAAGUGCGAAUGAUGGCUUGUGCUGUUAUCUUUGAGACAAGGCCUGCCCUUCCUUUAAUAACAACGAUAGCUAAUGUGGCAAUGAAGGAGAGCAAUUUGCAAGUGGCCAGUUUCGUGUAUUCCCACAUGAAGGCUUUGUCGAAGAGCAGAUUGCCAUACACGUACAACAUAUCUUCAGCUUGCAAUAUCGCCCUUAAGCUGCUGGCCCCCAAAUUGGACAGGCUGAGCUAUCGGUAUAGCAAGGUCAUGCAUUUUGGUGGUUACUUUGAUAACUACAAAGUCGGUGCUGCAGGAGAUGUCUUUGUUAUGAACAGCCCGGGAACGAUGUUCCCAUCAGCAAUAAUUUCCAAGCUGAUGGCAUAUUCUGCAGGGUCAGUGGCUGAUUUGGUGGAGGUUGGUGUCCGCGUGGAAGGCCUCACAGACAUCAUCAUGAAACGCAAUAUCCCGUUUGCUGAAUAUCCCACAUACAAAAAGAUAAAGGAGAUUGGAAAAGCUCUGCUAGGAUGGAAGGAGCUGCCAACGGAAACCCCCCUGAUAUCAGCCUACCUGAAAAUAUUUGGCCAAGAGCUGGCCUACGUCAACAUCAAUAAGGAAGUCCUGCAUCAGGCUGUGAAGACUGUGCUAGAACCUGCUGACAGGAACACAGUGAUGAAGAGAAUCGUCAGCCAAAUCCGCAACGGCAUCGCGGGACAAUGGACGCAGCCGGUGUGGCUGGGAGAGCUGCGAUACAUCGUUCCUACCUGCACGGGUCUGCCGCUGGAGUACGGGUCGUACACGGCCGCUCUGGCACGUGCGGCAGUCAACGUUGAUGGAAAGAUGACCCCCCCUUUAAGUGGAGAUUUUAGACCUUCCCAGUUGCUUGAAUCUACCAUGCAGAUUCGGUCUGACAUAAACCCAGGUUUAUACGUAUAUACAGUUGCAACAAUGGGUGUCAACACAGAAUACUUUCAACAUGCUGUUGAAAUUCAAGGCAAGGUCCUGACAAGAGCGCCAAUGAAGUUUGAUGCCAGGAUAGACAUGAAACUGAAAAAUAUUAAGAUUGAAACAAAUCCAUGCGGUGAGGAAACUGAGAUAGUGGUUGGAAGACAUAAGGCUUUUGCUGUAUCAAGAAAUAUAGGAGAACUAGGUGUUGAAAAGAGGACUUCAAUUCUCCCAGGAGAUGCUUCAUCAGAUAUUGUGGAAGAACCUUUCAAACCGUCAGAGAGAGCUUCCAGUGAAGGUUCCACAAUGCAAGGAGCUGACAGCAUGCCAAGGAGGCAUGCCUAUAGCUCUCAAGAGGAUCUUCGCUAUGGCACAGGAAGAAAAACUCAUAAACGAGACAUUUGUGUCAAACUGCAUCGUCUUGGUUGUCAGCUCUGCUUUUCCAGAAGAUCACAAGAUGCCAGUUUCCUAAAAAAUACCUAUUUGCACAGAUUAAUUGGAGAACAUGAAGCUAAAAUAGUCUUGAUACCAGUUCAAACAGAUGCUGAUAUUGACAAAAUUCAGCUGGAGAUUCAGGCAGGAUCCAGAGCAGCUUCGAAAAUAAUUCACGUGGUAAACUCAGAGUCUGAGGAAGAGGAUGAGUCAUCUCGAUAUGAGGACAUUCAAGCUAAACUGAAGAAGAUUCUAGGCAUUGAAAAUGUGUUCAAGGUUGCAAAUAAAACGCGACACCAGAAGAAGCAACCUUCUAAGAAAGGAAAUGCUAUGCUAACAGAGCUUGGGACAGACCCCAAAGCAAAAAAUCCCUCCAGCUCAUCUUCUGCCUCCUCAACUGUCUCUUCUUCCUCAUCAUCUGCUGCUUCUCCUGAUCGUAAAAAGGCCGUGGAUGAAGAUGAGAAUGAUCAAGUAAAGCAAGCAAGAAAUAAAGAUGCAAGAAGCAAGAGCAGCAGCUCUAGCAGUAGUGGCAUCAGCAGCAAGAGCAGUAGCAGCAGCAGCAGUAGCAGUAGCAGCAAGAGAAGUAGCAGUAGCCGCAGCAGCAAGAGCAGCAGCAGCAAGAGCAGCAGCAGCAAGAGCAGCAGCAGCAGCAGCAAGAGCAGCAGCAGCAGCAGCAGCAGCAGCAGCAGCAGCAAGAGCAGUAGCAGCAGCAGUAGCAGCAAGAGCAGUAGCAGCAGCAGUAGCAGCAGCAGCAAGAGCAGCAGCAGCAGCAGCAAGAGUAGCAGUAGCAAAGGUAGCAGUAGUAGUAGUAGUAGUAGUAGUAGUAGUAGUAGUAGGAGCAGUAGCAGCAGCAGCAGGAAGUCAUUGAGUCACCAUAGCCAUGGGCAUCACUCAAGUCAUCUGAAUGACAGCAGUAGCAGCAGCAGUAGCAGCAGCAGCAAGUCAUUGAGUCACCAUAGCCAUCGGCAUCAUUCAGGACACCUGGAAGGUGGCAGCAGCAGCAGCAGCAGCAGCAGCAGCUAUUCCAAAAUAUGGGGAGAUCAUGAGAUUUAUCAGUAUCGCUUUAGAUCAGCGCAUAGACAAGAGUUCCCAAAAAGGAAACCCUCAGCUGACCGACUUAGCAGCACCUACUCUUCUACCAGAUCCAGUCGUGCCUCAUCUCGAGCUGCUUCCCGGCCUAAGUUUUUGGGAGAUGUUAAAACACCAGUAUUAGCUGUUUUUCUUCAUGGCAUUCGUAAUGAUAAGAAGAUAGGAGGCCUCCAGCUCGUGGUAUAUGCUGAUAUUGACUCCAUCAGGCCCCGGAUGCAGGUAUUUGUGUCAAACCUCACAGAUUCAAGCAAGUGGAAGCUCUGUGCUGAUGCUGCAGUCCUUAAUGCUCACAAGGCAGCGGCUUACCUGAAAUGGGGCCGGAAUUGCCAGGACUACAAGAUUUCAACUGAGCUGGUAACUGGGCGGUUUGCUGCCCACCCUGCUGUACAAGUGAAACUGGAGUGGCCUAAAGUUCCUUCAAGUGUCAGAUCCACAGCAGAAUGGUUUUACAAGUUUGUCCCUGGGGCUGCGUUUAUGCUGGGGUUCUCUGAAAAAACAGACAAGAAUCCUUCUCGACAAGCCAGGGUGAUUGUGGCUCUAACUUCUCCAAGGACAUGUGAUGUUGUUAUCAAGCUUCCUGAUAUGAUCUUCUAUGAAAAAGCCAUGAGGCUUCCCCUGUCACUCCCUGUGGGUCCGAGGAUACCAGCUUCAGAGCUGCAGCCUCCCAUCUGGAAUGUCUUUGCUGAAGCCCCCUCUGCAGUGCUCGAGAAUUUGAAAGCUCACUGCUCAGUUUCCCACAACAAAAUCACAACCUUUAACGAAGUUCAGUUUAACUACACAAUGCCAGCAAACUGCUACCACAUCUUGGCUCAGGAUUGCAGCUCUGACCUUAAGUUCCUGGUGAUGAUGAGGAAGGCUGAAGAAGCUAUGAACCUGAAAGCAAUCAACAUCAAGCUUGGCAGUCAGGAAAUUGAUAUGCGUCCUGUGAAAGGGCAGGUGAAACUGCUGGUAGAUGGGGUUGAAAGCCCCACGACGAAUGUUUCAUACAUAUCUGCUGGUGCUCCUCUGUGGAUCCACAGUGAAAAGCAAGGGCUUGUACUUGUUGCCCCAGCCUAUGGCAUUGAUAAAUUGUACUUUGAUGGAUACACAUUCAGGAUUCAAGUUGCUUUAUGGAUGGCAGGGAAAAUGUGUGGAAUAUGUGGAAAAUAUGACGCAGAAUGUGAACAGGAAUAUCGGAUGCCCAACGGAUAUCUAGCUAAAGAUGCAGUGAGCUUUGGGCAUUCUUGGAUUUUGGAAGAAAAGCCUUGCACAGGAGCCUGCAAACUGCGACGCUCAUUUGUGAAGCUUGAGAAGACAGUUCAGCUUGUGGGUGUAGAGUCCAAGUGCUAUUCUACAGAGCCAGUGCUGCGCUGUAUGAAAGGAUGCUCUGCCACCAAGACUACUCCAGUCACUGUCGGUUUCCACUGUCUCCCAGCUGAUUCAGCUACCAGCCUGACGGACAAACAGACUAAGUUCGACCAGAAGUCGGAGGAUAUACAGGACACUGUUGAUGCACACAUAGGAUGUUCUUGUGAGAACGAAGACUGCAGUGCAUGAAGCUGUACAUUGCAGCACAGGAGAAAACAGAAACACUUUAAUAUUUUUAUGUUGUGGUGUAAGAAAACUCAUCUUAAGGAAUAAUAGAGAUACUAAAUGAAGUGUUUAAGGACAUGUGGAAUCUUCCCAAGUAAUUUAAAGUAUUAAACUUUAUUAUUGUAGAAACUGGUAUGAUUGCCC